GUCGCAAGGUGAGUUCGGCGGAAGAAGAGGAGGGAGGUGGUGACAUUCCGGGGUUGCGGUUUGACCAAUCACGGAGCAAUCAAGAUGAGACGGAAUCAAGCUGCUGGCCGAACACUUGAUUCCAGCGUCAUUGGAGAAGAAAUCGCUUCCAUCGACAGAAUCACACAGAUUUAGAAGCAUGUCUGCCUUGAGAAAGCCUCGCAGCCGACGCACAGGAGCAGCUAGUCACGGAGAGGAUGCUGGAGAUGGGCGUAGAGGCCGGGGCCGAGGUCGGAACCGAGGUCGCAACCGGGGCCGGGGCCGGGGUCGACGCCGGGGUCGAGGCCAGGGUCAGGGCGGCGGCGGACGAUCUGGAGGCGGAGACGGUGGACUGCCAGAGCUGGGACCGCUGCCGGAUGGGGUCGCGUGGGAGAGCUGCGUGGGGAUGGUGGACAUUGGAGCGAACCUGGCGCACAAGAGCAUGCGUGGGCGAGUGGAGGAGUUUGUGGCGCGGAGCGGGAGCAACGGCGUUGGCGCCAUCAUCAUCACCGGCACGUCCGUGAAGGACUCAGAGACGGCGGCGGCGAUGGCGGUCGAAGCGGAGGGAAGAGAGGCAGGCGUGGCGCUGGUGAGCACUGCUGGUGUUCAUCCGCACGAUGCAAAGCGGUGGGACGCGGCGACGGCAGCGAGAAUCGAGGCUCUGCUCGCGGACGACCACGUGGUAGCGGUCGGUGAGUGUGGGCUCGACUACAACCGGAUGUUCUCGACCAAGGACGAGCAGGUUACGGCGUUCCGCGCACAGCUCGAGAUUGCGGCGCGGGUCGCCAAGCCGCUCUUUCUCCACGAGCGCGACGCAUGGGAGCCGUUUGUGGAAAUCCUCGCCGAGUACUGGCCGUCGCUCCCAGCCGGCGGCGUGGUUCACUGCUUCACCUCGCCGCCUGAGGCUCUUGCGGCGUACCUUGAGCUCGGGGCGUACAUCGGCAUCACCGGAUGGGUGUGCGACGAGCGUCGUGGUGGGCCGCUCCGCGACCUGGUGGCCUCGAUUCCGCUCGACCGCAUCCUCAUCGAGACCGACGCGCCGUUUCUCAAGCCGCGCGGCGUGGCGGCCAUCCCAAGCCGCGGCCGCAACGAGCCCGCGUACCUCCCGUAUGUCGCUGUCGCCGUCGCCGAGUGCAUGGGCGUGACCGCCGAGGAGCUUGUGGCGGCGUCGACCGCAAACGCGGUACGGCUGUUUGGUGAGGCUGUGGCGCCGCGCUGAGCUCACGGCUGCGAGAGCAGGCCACGCUGCAGGAGAGCGUCAAAGACAAACUUGCCGAUCCGCUCGUAUCCGGCGGCUGUAAAGUGGAUGCCUGCCCAGAAGAGCUCGGCAUCGUGGCGCUUGAGUCCGUCAGCAUCAAAGUAGGUGACGGCGUCGUCGAGCGAGAGG